CUCUAAUUUUUUUCCCUAACUUCCGCCUCUAUCUCUCCACCUCUCUCUUCUCUCUCUCUCUACAAACACCUCCAAAUCUCGAUCUCCCCCCCUCUCCUCCGACCACCAAAACCACCCCUUCCGCUCCGAGUCCUCGUCGCCAUGCCGCCAUCUCCGGUGAACAGCCUUCGCCAUCGCCUCUUCCUUCUCCUCCAUACGCGCCGCCAGCUCCUACCCCAGGCGAGUCCAGCCGUUGCUCCGAUGGCCAGCCCCCUCCCUUCUCGUCCUCCACCGGCGAACAGCGCCGCCAUCGGCGGAGACGGCCAGCCAAGCCUCCACGCCGCCGCUCCAUCCUCUGUCCUCCAGUCGCCUUCUUUCUCCCCUCCGGCGAACGUCCAACAGCCGCGACAUAGCCUCGACUCCUCUCCCACAGCGAUACCUCCGGCAAACCCCUUCGGCGUUCCAACCAUGCAACCCUUCCUCAUCGAAUAUGAAGAAUCCGUCUUCAGGUUUGAUCCCGUGUUCGAAAUAUAAUCUUAUUGGGAAGACAAAGUGUGUGAAUCACAUUCAGCAGAGUGGGAGAAAAGGUGAAGAAAUUUAAGAGAGGAUUUUGAAGGAUGAAUGAUAGCUCAGCUAGAGAAAUGAAUGAUAGUUUAGCCGCUAUUACUGAGA